AUGAAACUUGUUGAGUGGAUAUACAUUUGGUGCAAUCGGACUUCUAAUACAUCGCCGUGUUCUACCCAUCUCGCGCACAAUUUCCUUACAAGACUCGGAGGUGUAGUGUUGGUGGACUGGGUUCGAGGAAAACGAGAUCGUGUUCAACAUAGUGAAGAUAUUCGCGUCGAGGCAAGGGAAGUUGGCUCGCGACAGCCUGAACGUCGACAGGCAACAGGAGGGGGGGCAGCAACCGACACCAGUGGCGCCGGCGACCAUAGCUGUUUGUCGGGUCGAUCCGACGAAAGGUCCAGCGGCAUGCUUCAGGUGGUUCCUCGUCAUCUCCCUCCACUUCCGUCAUUGUUGACUCCGCCCACUCAGCGACUCCUUCCACGUCCGCCCAACAACCCACGAGCCAAUCGCUCGCUAGAAAAAAUUCCUUGA